UUUCCAGCACUUGCAAUUUGCCGGCGUCGGUCGCUUGUUUAAGAACAGUUACUGCUGUCGUUCACGUUUUCUUUAUUUCCAUCUGUGCUAAAUAAAAUAUAAUCUGCAACAUGUCGAUGUUUUGGGGAUUAAGCAUGAAGCCUAACCGGAAGUACACACAAACCAUUGUGAAAUCGUUCCAUAUUUCGGGCGUAGCACUUGACGAGGGCGACUCCGCCAAACUUUACAUUACUGCAGACAAAACCAAGUUCAUUGUUGCAACUUUAAACAAAAAUUUUCCCCAAAUGACACUAGAUUUGAAUUUCUGCAAGGGCGACAAGAUUAUGUUUCAAACAACUGGAAAUGCUGUGGUUUCAUUGAUUGGCUACUUGCAUGACGCUGAAGAAUCUGACGAUGAAUUCGAAGACGAAGAGGAGUAUGAGAAAGUUGUGAACGCUUUGAAAAAGGGUCAAAAGGCCAAAGAGGGCGCCAACGACACACAAUCUGAUGAAGAUGACAGAGAAGAGGAAGAUGACGAAGACGAUGAAAUUGAUGUAGGUGACAACAAGCUAGCUGCUGAGUAUUCUUCAUUGCUUAAGGAUGAAUCUUACGAUGAGGAUGAUGAAGAGGAUAACGAAGAUGAGGACGACUCUGACGAAGAGGAUGAGGAAGAAAAGAAUGCAGCACCCAAGGCCAAAAAAGCCAAACUAAAUGAAGGUAAGACGCCAGCUAAGGAACAGAAUGGUGUGGCCAAAAAGGAGAAGCAGCAACAGAAACAAAAGCCAAAGAAGCAAAUCAAAGCAUCUGAGGCGAAAAAAGAGCCGGCCAAAGGAAAGGAGGCGAAGCAAACUACCGCUGCUACUGCACCUGGUGGUGAGCGCACCAUCGCGGGAGGCGUUAGAAUCCAGGAGCUACAGGUGGGCAACGGACCCGAAGCUAAGCAGGGCAAACGCGUGUCCGUUUAUUACAUUGGACGCCUUAGAAACGACAACAAGAUAUUUGACAGCAUGAAGAAGGGCAAUGGAUUUAAGUUCGCUUUGGGCGCUGGAGAGGUGAUUAAAGGUUGGGAUGUGGGAGUUUGUGGAAUGAAGGUAGGCGGCAAACGUCGCAUCAUCUGCCCCCCGCAUAUGGCAUAUGGCGCACGGGGCCAACCGCCCACCAUUCCGCCAGACUCUACGCUCGUCUUCGAUGUGGAGCUAAAGGCUGUGCACUAAGCGAGCUUCACGAGGAAAUUAGACACCUAAAUAUAGGAUUAGACAUUAUGAUGGAUUAUCAAAUAUGAAUGCAUACUCCAUUUGGAAAUAUAUCACAAGAAAUGUGCUCAUAUUAUUUUACUCUUAUAACUUUAUAAAAUCCACUUUGCGAACGGUUAAACGUUGAUUUUAAAUAAAGCAGAUUUUUAGAAUA